GCCAUCAGCCAUCAGCCAACAGCCGUCUGCCCUCUUCAGCCUUUACUCAUCAGCAACAGGCAUCAGCAUUCUAGACACAUACGCCAUCCUUUCGGUCUAGUUCAGGUAUGGAUAGCCUAGUGCAGUGCUUCAAGCGGCAGGCACGGAUAGGUGCAUCCGCUGCACGACGAGGGGCAUCUGCUUCAUCGUCGAGAAGGUCUGCUUCGACCAGCGCCCAAUCAAACAACAAGAACAUUUCCUAUCCAUACUCGCCUUCUGCCGUUGUUCGAGCACGCUCACCAGUCCCGUCUGGCUCCGCAUCGCCCAGCAAUCCUGCGCGGGGCAUCAUGGCUUCGCUGACCCAAGACAUGCGACACCAACAUGACCCAACAGGCCGCCUGACUGCUCUUUUUUCGCGGACUUCGACUGAGCGCGUUCCGCCAGGCUCCGUCCUUCUCGUCGAGACAUGGACAAACGCGAGCAAGACAACCUUUUCGACGUUUUCCGGCGUCCUCCUUGCCGUCCGGAGGCGAGGAACAGCGACGUCAAUUGUGCUCCGUAACGUCGUCCAGAAGCUCGGCGUCGAGGUGCGGUUCAACAUCUAUUCUCCCCUGCUAAAGGACGUCAAAGUCGUGCAAAGGGCAUUGGCUGGCAAGGAUCAAAAGGGCGGAAACCUGAGGAGGGCCAGGAGGGCAAAGCUCUACUACCUUCGUCGUGAUGACCGGAAACUGGCUGGAAUCGGGAAAGCAAUCCAGAGCCUGCGAAAUGAGCAGCAACAGAAGCAGCAACAGCAGCGGGGUGCAAAGGGAGGAAGGUAGACCCAUCGUAGUAUCACUUUAACAUCUAACGCAUUACGUUUCUGGAUGUUUGUGAAAGUGUGCUGAGCUAGCUACUGCAGUAUGGCACAAGGCGGCGCCUGUAUUUGCAGAACCAAGGCCAUGGGACAAUUAGCCGCAGACAGUGUUGACGGUGAUGCUAGUGCUGAUUGUACGAUAACGACAGAGAGGGAGAGAGGGGAGAAGAUUGCGAGUAGAUUCUAUCUCUAUCUAGUAUGGGACAGAAAAAGGCACAAAAGCUCUAUCUGACCGACUGACUGGCUGAGGAGAAUGCGGAAUUUUACAUAGAUGCUUGAUCUGACCCGAUCGACGAUGUUCUCUUCUUCGUCGACCGACGACUACUACUAAU